GAAAGGCCUCCAGAACCUUUUGACCUGCUAGAACCGCCGUGCUUAAAAUACAGCAGACAAGAUACAGCAGGAAACCAAGAUGAAAUAAUGGAGUCGGUUGGACAUGUGAGCGACUCCGUCCCAAACAGAUCAGCCUCUGCUGACCUUCUCCUCCCUUCAGCAUCUGGUUUGAGAAGAAGAGACCGCAGCGACUCGUCUCCUUCUGUCCUCUGUCCUCUGAUUCAUCAGGAUCCUCCUCCAGACGUCAGUAUCUUACCCCGAGCUGCUAGUUUACCCAGCAUGAAGCUCCAAAGCAGCUUUGAGGAGUUUACUCCUGGUUUCUGUGGAGAUCCAGAUGAUGAAACCUACCGGUUCCAGUGCUCCGGUCCAGGCCUGUACCAGUGCAGAGUGAGCGGCCUGGUGUUUGCCAUGAAGGGAGGAGGAGACGUGUUUUACAGGGUUGUUCCCUGGAACAGGACAUUACUGAGCCCACAUGGCAAGAAGCCUGCAGGACCUCUGUUUGACAUCAGCUGCCUGCAGCAGUCUGUGGCUCAGCUUCAUCUCCCUCACUGUGAGGUCCGCUCCACUGGACCAUGUCACUUCCUGUCAGUCGCUCAUCUCCAUGACGGAGGCGUGGAGUUCAUCAGGCCUGAGAGGAUCACAGAGACUCACAUCAUUAUCAGCAUCUCAGGGUUUUCUGCUUUUGGGAACGUCAAGGAUGAGGAUUCUCCUGCUGACCCGGUCCGAGCCUUGGUUCUGCUGUUCUACAGACCUGCAGCUGAUCCUGAGUCAGAACACGAGAUUAAUGUGUUGAUGCUGCCAAAGAACGUUGUUCUCAACAAUGUGCUGCGUUUCAGGAGGAAAUUAGACGAGAAUGAAAGAUUCCUGGAGACGCCUCCAGACUGCAAACUGCAGCCGAAUCAGGUUUACUCUCUGUCUGUCUCUCCUGGUGGCGACUCGGUUCUGGUUCAGCCCAAAGAAGCCGAGUUUGAUGCAGAAUCCUAUGAAAACUACGUCUCAACGUUCCAGGUGGUUUAUGAGGAAACGAUGAAACACAUCAGACUGUCUCUGACGGACAGCAGCUCCUGCAGCGUCUGGGACAGACGGGUUUGUCUUUCUGCUGCCGGAGUCAGAAGAUCCUGUGGGCCGACUCGACAGAACCUCAGUCCAAAGGAGCAACUGAUGGAGAUAAGGAUCAACUUCAAGGAUGGAGUAUCAGGACCGGUUCUGCAGAGUCUGCUGGACAAUCUGCUGAAGGAAAAAGUCAUCAAUGAUUCAGAGAUGGAGGAGGUGGCGGCGGAGAGAACCAGAGGAGAAAAAGCUCGACUUCUAGUCGACACGGUGAGGAGGAAAGGAGAUGAUGCAAGUUCAAAGAUGAUCCACUUCCUCUGUGAGCUCGACCCGUUUCUCUCUGAACAUCUGGGUCUGAUGUGAGGAAGAAUCUCUGAUGGACUUUAUUGACCAGGAGGUUCAGCAGCUGAUUUUACGUCUUUAUUACGAAUCCAAAGACGAGAUUUACUUUCAUUUUUAUAGCAGACAGACAAUAGAGGAACGAUUAAUGAUCAGCACUGACUGUAACGUCUUGUGAGCAUAAAAUAUAAUUAAUCACAGAAAUGAAGAGACGGCUCAUUGUUGGACAAUGAGUUUUGCUGACCUCUGACCUCUGACCUGUUCACUGUGUUCUGCAGGGGCAGAAAUGUUCAAAUAAAUCUAAAAAUAAU